CCGAGGUCCAGCGACCACAUGCACCUAACAAUCCAUACAAUAACUACGUGUAUUAUUGGAGCUUCGAUGUUUAAUCUUCGUCCUUAAACAGUUCUCUCCCAAAAUUGUCAACAUCGCCAACUUCAGUCCACUACUAUAUUCAUCUUUCGAAUUAAACCAUCCAUCAUCUUCAAUUCAAAGCAACCCAAUCACCUUACGAACAAAGAGUUCCCCUGAUAUGUCUGAACUCCCUACAACCUCAAAAGCAAUAUAGUGCCCAGUUACCUACCGCCAAACAAAUGGCUUCCGCCGAAUCCCCUCCAGCGUCCACCAGUCUCGCUCCCUCACCUCUCCCAUCCUCAUCCGCCAGCUCUCCACCAGCCUCCUCUCCUUAUCCUUAUGCCUUCGCCCCCGACAUAAUCCGUGCCCACCAAAAAGAUGUCUACUUCCAGGGCGUGCUCACGAACCAGAUCACCGACCUGCACCGCCGGCUCCUCGGUGCCAGAUCAGCCCACUCCUGGGCCACCGAAACCGGCACCAUCGCCGACCUGCUAUACCUAUGUCUCACUACCCUCCUCGGCAACCGCACGCUAGGCGAGGAGUACUGCGGCCUCGUGCAAGUAGAAGCCGAAGGCGGUGCUCUGCCCGCUCUUUCGAGGCGCGCCGCCUACAUCGCCGGCAGCAUCCUCGCGCCCUACGGGCUCUCCCGGCUUCUCCCCAAGAUCCGGGCGCGGAUACGAACGCGUCUCCAGCGGAACCUUGGCCUGCUACCCGGGCAGGAAGUAGAUCAAGAUGACGAAGAAGAAGGAGAAGAAGGCAGAAUCGCAAAGCUGAAGGCACGGCGAACGUGGUCCUACAAAGUCCAAGCCUACCUCCUGGCCAACCUCACCUCCUUCACCUCCCCGUCGCCCAUCCACGCCGUCGGGCUGGCGCUGUUCUACUUCAGCGGGUCGUACUACGAGCUCGCCAAGCGCCUGGCCGGGCUCCGCUACAUAUUCACGCACAAGAUCGGCGAGCGCUCUGACCGCGCUGGCUACGAGUUGCUCGGCGUGCUGCUGGUCGUGCAGAUGGGCGUCCAGGGGUACCUGCACGCGCGCUCGACCCUCGCCUCCUUUGCAACGCACUCGCAUCCCCCCUCCUCCUCCUCCCUUAGCGAACGAAGCGGUAGUGGCGGUGGCAUCUUGAGCCGAAACGUCUCCCUCGACGGCACCACCUACGCCUCGAACAACGAACUCCUCCUGGGCGCCAACGGCGGCGACGCCUCCAUCUCUGCUACACCGGGAAGCCGCAUCGACGUGUUCGCCACAACGCACACGCCCCAACCGCCGCCCGGCGCCGCCGCGCGGUACGAUCUCGCCGAGGACGAGACGAUGCGCUGGGUGAAAGGUUCGCAGCAGCGCAAGUGCACGCUCUGCCUCGAGGAGCUCAAGGACCCCGCCGCCACCCAGUGCGGCCACGUCUUCUGCUGGUCCUGCAUCGGCGACUGGGUCCGCGAGAAGCCCGAGUGUCCGCUUUGUCGGCGCGAGGCGCUUGUGCAGCAUAUUUUGCCGCUGCGGGCGGUUUAGUUCUUUACCUAUACCCAUAUAAUAGCCUAGCCUACUUCGAUCUUGCAGGAAGAAGUGCAUGUUCGCUAGAUUUCUAGGUACACUACCUACCUAGGUACUAAUUCAAGUACAUAAUUCUUUAGGUUCCAUGGGAGGGAAAUCUGUAAUAGGAGCAGUUUGUCAUGAUUAUCAUUGAUGGGAUCCAGAAGAAGAACCCCCCCAAGAAAUGCAAUUAAAUUAAUUUACUAGGUAUCUACGAAGAGUACAGUACCUAGGUAUGUACUAAAAGUAGGCGUCUGCCCACCCACCUACCUACCUACCUAAACUAAGUACCCUUCAUGCCUGAGCAUCUCAGAGACUCAAAAUGAAUCAGUAGAUAAAAUACCAAACUAUACAUACCAUACGAUAGGGGCAUCACGAAAUAGGCGUUACGAGAGAAUGAACUUAAAAACUUGGAACUUGAACUUGGUCUCAGAUAUUUAGUG